AUGGUCGUUUGGUUUCAUCAUUCCCAAAAUUUUAAUUUUCGUGUGGAAGAUCUUGAACAAUGUAUAUCUGUUACAUCAAAUAUAGCCAGAUUUGUUCCUAACACUUAUACAACAUGUACGCUGUGUGGCCAAGAAGAUGAAUCGGUAAUUCAUUUACUAUUUUUCUGUGCAAGAGCAAAACUGGUAUUUGAUGCUGCAGAUCUGGGUUCUGAUUUAUCAGUUCAAGAUAUUAUUGUUAUGGCAAUAGUCAGGGAUUGUAUUGAAGACGACUCAACGAAGGAAUUUGUAAAAAGAAUGUGCACUCUGUGGAAUAUCUGGAAAACUAGGAAUAAUAUCCUUUUUUCCCAGGGAAAAUUUUCAAUCAGCCACACUUUGAAGAAUAUUAACAAAGAUUUCGAGCUAUGUAUGGAAAACUUCAAGGAAAACAAUGUUAUUCAUGAUAAUGCAGUGCAGACGUGGUCUCCUCCAAACCAGCACUUUAUUAAGAUAGAUGUAGAUGAUGCAUUUAUCCCAAAUAAUGGAGUGGAGGGUGCUAUAGCUCAAGAUUGCAAUGGAAGAUUCCUGGGAUGUGCGUCGAGAACCUUUGACUGCACCUCUUCUCUUUUGGCUGAAACAAUCGCAUGCGGACUAGGUAUGGAACUUGGUUUGAGACAUAACUUUCCAAAAGUCAUCAUUGAGGGAGAUGCAGCUAAUGUGACUGCAUGCUAUCCUUAG